UUUUUUUUUUGAUUUUAUAUUUGUUGAAAUUUCUUAGGAAGUUUCUGCUCGUUAUCCAAAUGAUGGUAAUCGUCUUCGUGAUUUAUCAAUUGUUGAAGAAGGUGGUGAUAAACGUAUUAAUAUGGCUCAUUUAGCUAUUGUUGGAUCUCAUGCAGUUAAUGGUGUUGCAAAAAUUCAUUCUGAACUUCUUAAAACAACUCUUUUUAAAUCAUUUUAUGAAUUAACACCAGAAAAAUUUCAAAAUAAAACUAAUGGUAUAACACCUCGUCGUUGGUUAGUUCUUAGUAAUCCAAAUUUAAGUGAUAUUAUUGCUGAAAAAAUUGGUGAAGAUUGGAUAACAAAUCUUUAUGAACUUCAACGUUUAAAAGAUUUUGUUAAUAAUGAAGCAUUUAUACGUGAUGUUCAACAAGUUAAACAAGAAAAUAAACAUCGUUUAGCUGAAUGGCUUCUAAAAUCACAACGUCAACAAAUAAAUCCAAUGUCAUUAUUUGAUAUGCAAGUUAAACGUCUUCAUGAAUAUAAACGACAAUUAUUAAAUGUUUUACAUAUUAUUACAUUAUAUAAUCGUAUUAAAGCAAAUCCAGAUGGAAAAUAUGUACCACGUACUGUUAUGAUUGGUGGAAAGGCUGCACCGGGUUAUCAUAUAGCAAAGAAGAUUAUUAAAUUAGUAAAUAAUGUUGCUAAAGUUGUGAAUAAUGAUCCAGUUAUUGGUGAUCGUCUUAAAGUUGUUUUUCUUGAAAAUGUAAGUAUAUUCUAUUUGUUUACAUAGCUAACGAAGGAAAAUUUUUCAAUUGAUAAAUCGCUUUUGAAUUAGUACAUUACGUGGGCAUGAAUUCCCUCCGGAAACAGAUCGUAUCCUCCUCAGCUUAUUACUACAGAGAUACUGUAAUUUUACGGUAUUUUUCUAAAUGAAUAUCAUUAUCGUCCUCGAGAAAAUUUCAGGAUAGAAGCAAAUCAAAAGACCUGAAACUUUCACCUUAUUAAGGCCUAUCAAGUCGAAAUUCAAAAAUAAGUUUUCCCGAUGUCUCUGAGAGUAAUCACGGCAUCCAUUUAAAAAAUAUUGUAAAAGUGGAGUAUCUUAGCAGCAAUAAGCUAACAGUCUGAAAUGUUUUCAGAGUAUUCAUACCUUAUUUGAAUCUACAUAAUGUAAAUAGUUUCGACUCAACAAUGGUUUAUCAGUUGGAGAACAUCUCCGGUAAGACGAUUAGACAAUCUAUUCGAUGUUUAGUUGAAUCAAUUCUCACGAAGAAAACUAUUUCAAAUGAUAAAUUAUUUUUGAGUUGAAACUCUACGCAUAAAGUAGAUCUACACGGUUGGAAAAAAUAUUAUUCCAGGGGGGUAAUGCUAUAAUUUCAAAUAGAAGACAUAAUAAAUUUUAUAUCAAAUGAAAGCUCGUUAAAAAUGGGGUUUAUUGGUAUUAAAUAGUGAGGGUUAUGAAAACCUUUUAAUGUCGAGCUUAAUAAAUUUUCAGAAAUUUUAUACUUUUUUUGUGAUGGAAAAUUAAAGUACUAGUGAUUCAAGAAUGGCGUAAAACGUUUUUCUUGAAUAUUUUUACACGGUUCGAUAGAGCUCCUCGAGCUCUAUAAAACUGUAUACAUUAAAAAUUUUUAAGACACUUUUUUUGCGAUAAAAAAUUCAAAAACCUAUUUGGAAAAUCUUAGAAAACAUGAAAAAAAUUCAUAUUUUUCAUGUGCAAGAACAACACUUACUUUUUCAAGAAAAGUAGCUUUUUUCAUUGUUUUUACUCCGUCAGGCGUUUCGAAACAUACUCAUUAGACGCAGCUUUUCACACUGCAUCGAA